AGUAAACAAGAUGGUUUGCUCCAUUGUGAAUGUAACUACCAUUCUUCAUACUGUGAAUGCAACAGUGUGAUUGUCAUUUGUAACCAUUUAUCUGAAAUUUAUAUUCAUUUAUUAUUGUAGCCUCUCCAGAUUGUGGCCAGAACGACCCUCCUCGGUUCCUCAAUGGUGCCUGGAGAAGUCCUCCUUCCAAGGAGGCUACAUAAGGCCCUGCUCCGUGGAGGCCAGAGCUUCUCAAAGGUCUCCCAGGUGUUUCCUGCAUCAGCCAUGUUCCUCAUCGGCCCCUUGGGUUGCCUUGUGUUGCUCCUCCACCCAAGAAGCCCUUCUGCCUUUGAGAACGAGAGAUGGAACGACACGGAGCUGCUCUUGAACGAAAGCCGGUCACUUCCGUUGCCCAGAGAAGGAGACGUGGAAAGGCGGUGGGACCUCACGCUGCAAGGUUGGGAAGAAGUGACCCAAACUGUUAGGACAGUGUGGAGACAACCUUCUGAGGUUGACCAUCCCUGGAGGUGGGCACCAUGCCUCAAUGGCAAUGCUCUUCAUCCUCAAUGUAGGAACUGGGUGAUGAAGGUCAGUAUUGUUUGCACCCUGGGGUUGUUGGUUGCAGUGGCCAACGGGACCGUCAUUGUCGUGGUGGCCUCCUCGGUGUCCGGAUGGAGCAACAGUAGCCGCUUGGCCCUGCUCUCCUUGGCUUUGGCCGAUGCGGCCUUGGCUGUGCUGGUGGUGCCCCUCAACCUCUACUUGGGCUUGACCACAGGUAAAGAACGGUCAGCGGAAGGUGGACAAGAGGCCACUUCUUACUGCCGUCCGGUGGCCUUUGUCAACUCCGCCAUCUUCAGCACCUCCUUAUACUCCUUGGCCGGAGUCUCCCUCGAACGUUACGUCGCCGUCUUCUUUCCGCUCCACUACGGCCGCCUCUUGAGCCGCAAGAGGGUGGCUUGGCUCAUUGCCACGGCCUGGUUGGUACCGGUCAUCAUCUUGGCACCAUUGGCCGUACCAGGACCUUGGGCCGUUCUCCAAGUCCGCUUCUCCUCAGCAGCCUUGUUGUGCGAACCCGACUACGGCUCCAACAUGGCUUACUCCUUGUUGAUUCUGGGCACCAUCUUCUGCCCGGCCGCCGGACUCAUCACCUUCGCCAACCUGCGGCUCUGGAUGGCGGCUCGGUCACAACGUCAACGAAGCAAAGUCAUAACUUUGGCGGAGAAAGGAUCGGGGCCCAAGAAGCUCUGCUCGCUCCAGAUGGACACUGCGGCUCGGAUUCUCUUGCCCGUGGUCAUUGCCUUCUACAUCUGCUGGACUCCCUGCAUCGCCAUUAUAUUAUACAACUCGGUCACCCACAAGCGGGUCCACGAAUGGGCCGAGUUCGUGGCCUUGUGGCUCCCCAUCGGCAGCGGCCUCCUCAACUGCUUUGUCUACUUCUGGGUCAACCGCAGCUUCCGGCAGAAGCUCCAGAAGGUUGGACAAACACUGUGCCACCCUUGUUGCAAGGCCCAGCGGGACCAGUGGCCACGUCGGUUGCCCACGUUGAGUGCCCUUGUGGAUGUCCAGAAGUCCCCGAGUCCAUUUCCCGGCUUCUCUUCUUCUUCCAAGGGCCUCAGGCGCUGCCAAGAACGGGGCGGCACAACGAAACUCCAGCAGCAAAGACCGGGUGCCUCCUGAUCUUCCGUGGUUUUUGGUGGAUCGCUAUCACGAGCUUGUGGUGCAAUCAGUCACAAAGGGUACUUUUGGAGACGGAGAGGAUCUUUGUUACGAUCGCAACCCAUUCCUAUGCCUUUCUGGUCAUUUUAUCCAAAGCGUCUCCCUUUUCCCACUCAUUCCAUUUGUAAAUACAAAAGUUUUAAUGACUUUGAGAAUAGAGAAUCGGGU